AUGCUUUUGAACCUCGUGCCAAGCGCUUUGAGUGCUCUAUGUCUGGCGUCCACGGCCAUUGCAGGAACAAUUAGGCAGCGAGAUAGUGGCCCCAGCCUAGGACAUGCCCGAGAUCUGUUUUUGAGGCGCAUCCUCGCUGAUUCACCCGAAUACGGCAAUUUCCGCAACCAUGCACCGACAAAUCAUGACGAGCUCAAAGUUGGCAUUAUUGGUGGCGGUGUUGCCGGUCUAUAUGCAGCCAUCCUUCUGGAGAGCCUCGACAUCGACUAUGAAAUAUUGGAGUCGAGUAAGCGGAUUGGAGGGCGCGUAUUCACCCAUCGUUUUGACCAAAAGGCCUGGGAGGCUUCGAAGCCGGGACAACCUAAUUAUUAUGAUUACUACGACGCCGGGGCUAUGAGAUUUCCCGGUAUGGAUUGGAUGAGCCGCAUAAUUGGAAACGCAAGCAACUCGCUCAUUCCCUACAUAAACUCGAGGCUCAAGCCAGGGGACCAGCCCGUGAAGCUGAUACCGUACGUAUUCCAAGCCAACAACACGUUCCGUCUAUUUAACGAUAGACUGGUGUACAACCAAGACACCCCCUCGGCACGAACCUUUGGCGUCCUGGGGUUUGAAGGCGGAACCAUUCAAAACAAUUCCUUUGCCGACACGUCCCCGGGCGCCGUAUUUAGUGAUGCUGUCAGCGACCUGGUUCACUCGCUGGAAGUCAAUUUUGAGCACGGGUUCAAGAAAUUGAUGCAAUAUGACCAAAUCUCCGUGCGGCAGUAUCUGGCCACCAAGGGCUACUCUUCUCAGCAGAUCGACUGGAUUGAGACGGUCAACGACGCCACCACCCACUACAACACCAUGUCGCUGUCGGAAGCCGUCAUCGAAGAGUGGAUUUUUAGCGAAGCUCCCCUCGACAGCUGGUUUUGCGUUGAAGGCGGCAUGGACCGCAUCACCCGCGGAAUGGCCAGCAUCAUCAACAAGACAGUCGAGACUGGCAAACGCGUCACGGCCAUCAAGAAAGCCGGUACUGACGCCUUGAACGUGGUCAUCAAUGACACUGAGACAAGGACCUACAGCCACGUUAUCAACACAGUGCCUCUUGGUGCCAUGCAAGUCAUGGAUAUGACGGAUCUCAAUCUCGAUUACCGCAAGAAGCUCGCCAUUCGAAAGAUUCAAUACGACGCCUCCGACAAACUAAGCAUCAAAUUCAAGAAUAGAUGGUGGGAACAUCUCGACUCGGGCUCGUUCCAAGGCGGACAGUCGUUCUCAGACCUCCCUAUUCGCCGUUGCGUAUAUCCCUCCUACGGUAUCAACACCCCCGACGCGCCGGGAACCAUGAUCGCCUCGUAUACAUGGGCCCAGGAUAGUGCUCGUCUGGGCGCCUACUGCUCCGGCGACGCGAAGCAGAACCUUGUCGACGUCGCCCUGCGCAACCUAGCGGCCAUGCACAACGUGACGUACGACUAUCUCAAAUCGCAGUACGUCGACUCGCACCACUGGAACUGGUACCUGGAUGAAAACGCCGUGGGCGCGUUCGCCCUCUUUGGCCCUGGGGAUCUCAGCACAACCAUGCCGGAUUUGAUGCAGCCGGGGGCGCAUGGAAGACUGCACUUUGCUGGUGACGCGCUGAGUUCGGGGCAUGCUUGGAUUAUUGGAGCCGUCAACUCGGCGUAUAGGACUGUCGCUGAGGUUUUGGCAGUUGAGAAGAUGGAUGGCAAGUUGGCUGAGCUGGUGGACAGGUGGGGGGUGAUUGAGGAGAUUGAUAUCAGAUGGUACGCGAACGGUACUAUGAGCAAGUAA